UGCAGUUUUUUAAAAAUGGCGGCGCCCAGCAACAGUAUUAAUAAAUGUCCCUCAAAGUCGGCAAAAAGCCCCCAAACCAAACAAUGUAAUCGUGGUAAAGUAUGGUCAGACGUGGAAUUGGGAACGUUUUUGGACAUCUGGGCCAGUCAAGAAAUCCAGAACAAACUGGACGGCACCGUUAGAAACAAAGCAGUAUUCCUGGUUUUAACAGCAAUGAUGAACGAAAGGGGAUUUAUCAGAACAUCGAAGGAGCUACAGAACAAGAUAAAAAAUCUCAAAAGAGAUUACAAAAAAACUAUUGACCACAACAAGAGAAGUGGCGUUAACCUCAAAACUCUGCCGCAUAUGGACAAGCUUGACAACAUAAUAGGGGGGAGAAAAAUAGUAGAGCCUUUGUUUGUGUUCCAGUCGGGAAGAUCGGACAAAGCUGAAACGGAGGCUGGUGAUGAGCAGUGGGAGGGAGAAUUCCAAGAUCUAGUAGAUGACUACUACAAUGAUGAAGGCAAAGCUUAUCAGGAUGGGAGGCUACUGGCGGAGGAAAAUACCCUACAAGAAGAGAGCAUGGAAUCUGGGGCUGUUUCAGACGAUGUAGAAGAAACAGAUGGAUAUGACCCCGAAGGCUCACUCUCUUCCCCUAAUGCAUCAUUGGGCAGCUUGGCAUCUAAAGAAAGCUACAGGCAAGCUGCAAAAAGAUUACUAUCAAGAAAGUGUAAAAGGAAGCAUUUGCAGCUUUUAGGAGCGAGCCAGCAAGGUGGUCAGGUUGAAACAAUAGAUUGGAGUAAUGGCACUAUUCUUACAGUGGAUCCCUUCAAAGGGAUCAUUUUCCUGCAAGACAGAGCUGCAGAGAGUACCAACUCCGACGAACAUCCUAAAAGAAGGAGAAAAUGGACGAGGCAAUAUACAUGUACAUCUAAGAGUGGUGCAACAAAUGGUUCUUGUUCAGUCAUACCGCCAUCGUCCCUGGAGGAACCAUCUGCAUGUUCUUCAAGCACAGAAUUGAGUCCUUCAGGACACCAGAAAGGAGAAAUUGUCUUUUUAGCUGGUCAGCACAUGUGUGGGCAAAUAUAUAAGGUUCGUGGAUUGGAGUUGGAAGUGAUGAUUGGUGAAAUCUACAUCAACGACCAAUCGGCAAUGUGUUGGCCAGUAGUUGCCCAAGAUGUGAACACAAGUAUAUCUGUAAGUCUUCCUCUUUCUCAUCUUUUGGGUGAAAAAAAAAACAUAACUGGAGUGGCUAAAACAAAAUCAAAACAAGUGUUGAGAGAAGCUUUUACCCAAACAAGAGUUAAUUUGGGAAAUGAUUCAUUCAGAAAUGCAUUUAGAGUGGCACAACUAACAAAUGCUAUUAUCAAGGAGAUAAAAUCAGCCUUUUGGUCCACCACUAGACAGAGAAAUUUUGAUCUGGGGCUAAUAUCUCCUGAGAUUGAUUGUGAGGUAUUUAGUAUCAGCUUACCGGACUCACCUGCUGCUGAAUACAGCUACAAAAAGGACAAUCUUGGCAAUCUGGACAAUAUACUUGGGCAAGGUUGGGAUACAAGUCAAAAUGAAGGGGUUACAAGGUAUGUUACAUCCUUAUGUCUUGAAAUGAACCGCGACCUCACACUUUCUGGGAGCGUACAUGUGGCUGAUUUUGACUCUUUGAUACCGUCAGUAAAUUAUAGACAAAUUCUUAGACAGCAUAUGUUUUCAUGUAAAAAUGUAAUUUAGUCCGAAAGAACAUUAAAGGUCAUAUUCUCAGCUCGCCGCUGUUUUUCUAUGGCUGAACUUUGUAUUUAAACUGCGCCAAUAAAGUAUAACAUAUUUCAAAUAGUGUGCACAAACUGCGCUACGAUGCUGUUUGGCGGAUUUAUGAUGACUAAUUGUCAAAUUUCAAAAAGUGCAAAAGCCUCUCUUCAAGCAAGAACGUAUUUGUCGCGUAAUGGCUAACUCGGUUGCUAAAGCAAUUGGGUCAGAAAUGGGAGGCUUAAACCAAUAUGGUUUGAAAGCCGAUUCCCUGAUAUGGGAAGGGUGUUUUGAGAUAACGAAGCAACAUGGCUGAACUGAUCAAACAGACCAGAGGUCUUUUUGCCAUUCUGCAUAGUGAUGGAGGACACAUUCAGUAUAGAAUAUCAGCAGUGUAAAGUUAGAAAAGUUGGAGGAGCUACAUCUGCAAUAAAUUUAUGAUAUCUUUCGUCUUGAUUUUGUCUGUGUGGGUGAUGCUUGUGCGAUUGGAAUUGGGUGAUUAGGGGCUUUUGCAACUUUUUAAAUUCGACCUUAAGCCACCAAAGUGCCCAUAAAUCCUCUAAACAACAUCGUAGCGCAGCUAAAGAGGUAUCAACAAUGGUGUUUUGUCUUCUAUAGUUACUCUCAAAAUACUCUUGUUUCCUCGAUGGCCAAUUGAACCCAAAAUGUUCACAGGUUUGUUACUUCACUGAAUCUGGUGUGAGAAUAACUGGUCUUUGCUAAUAUUACCAAGUGUUUCCAUGGCCUUUAAAAUAUGUAAAUACAGUGUAUGAUUCUUAAGUUUAUCUAAUUAAGCACUUUUUAAAGGGAAGGUAUGCGUUUGACAAUUACUAAAUAAACAAAUAUUAACUUGAAAA